AUUACAUUUCGGAUCAAACCAAAGAACUCGUCCUCGCCGGAAGUUGUGUUGUUUACGUUUUCCAAGAUGGCGGCGGGAAUGUAUUUGGAACACUAUUUAGAUAGCAUAGAGAAUCUGCCAUUUGAGCUGCAGAGGAACUUCAAUUUGAUGAGGGACUUGGAUCAACGUACGGAGGAUCUAAAGGGGCAGAUAGACUCCCUGGCAAAGGAUUACACAUCCAAUGCCAGGACCCUAUCGUCUGAACAGAAGCUUACUAUUCUGAGGCAGAUCCAGCAAUCGUACAGCAAAAGCAAGGAGUUUGGGGAUGACAAAGUGCAGCUGGCCAUGCAGACUUAUGAGAUGGUGGACAAGCACAUCCGGAGACUGGACACAGACCUGGCCCGCUUUGAGGCCGACCUGAAGGAGAAGCAGAUAGAGAGCACAGACUAUGAUUCCACCUCCAGUAAGGGAAAGAAAAGUGAGUCCAGGGGGCUGAAAGAGAAGAAGGUGGCUAAAACUCGGUCUAAAGUGAAGAGCUCAGAUGAAGAUGGCAGUCCUAAGAGUGCACAGAAGAAAGUCAAACUUCUCCAGCCGGGGGAGUUCACUGCUCCAGCUGCUAAUUUUGGGAAUGUGCAUCCCUCUGACGUGCUGGACAUGCCAGUGGACCCCAAUGAGCCCACCUACUGCCUGUGUCACCAGGUGUCCUAUGGAGAGAUGAUUGGCUGUGACAACACAGACUGUUCCAUCGAGUGGUUCCACUUUGCCUGCGUGGGCCUGACGACAAAACCAAGAGGGAAAUGGUAUUGUCCACGCUGCUCUCAAGACAGAAAGAGAAAGUAAGCCCCUAAGGUAGAGGGGCCAACCGAUUGUAGAGUCAGGAUUACUACGUUAGUAGUGAAGAGAAAGUAACAUGACAGUUUCUGUCCCCAGGAUAGUAUUACAUUGUUUAUCGGUCUUCUAGCAUAGAACAAUUGGUGCUUUCUUUUUUUGUUUACUUGAUUUUUCUGUCUUGGUUUAAUGCAGUGUGAAGGAGAUAUGUGGUUACAGAUGUAUUUAAAAAUGUUUCAAAGGUUAUGAGAGUUGAUAGGUACGAGAGUUGCUUUGUGUUUUUUUAUUUUUAUGUUAACAUUUUUUUGUAACUGAACAAUAAACACUAAAAUUUGA